CCCAAUUCAUGGAUAUCAUACUAUUGCAUGAGUCAAUUCCCAUCGAAACCAGACGGAGAGUCUUUCAUGACACUCCUUCCGAUAUCCAGAGAGUCGUGAUAACCGAUGAAGCUUUCAUACCAAUCAGGGAUGUUAAAUGCAUCAUUGAUUUCGGAUUGAAACGUCACAUGUUAUACGACUUUGGGUACGAUUUUUUUCGCACAUUUUACAGCUGGAAAUCUAGAAAGGAGGCGAUCCAUAUCACCGAGAGAAGCACGCACUCGCAUGUUUCCGUCUACAGAUUGUAUAAUGUAGAUGAAUUCGAAGAGUUCUAUGAUCGCAAUACUAACCAGAAUCAAAGCAUUCAGAAAAUCUGUGCUUAUGCUGAGCUGCUCGCAGAUGAUGAGAACUCGAUCGUCAGCAUCUUGCAAAAUUUAUACGAUCCUGUCAGUCUUGUUUAUAUUUAUUUCGGCAUAAAGUCCUUGCGCAUAUCCAACGCUAUGGAUAAUUUUGGAAGAGUAACGCAGCUUGGAGUUUACGUGAUGCAGCUGUCUGUUCCCCCCAAUUUAGGGAAAAUGCUUAUCCAUGCUUGUAUCCUUCAGUGCUUGGAUCCUGUAAUCACCCUGGUUUCGUUCAUCAUCAAUGGUUAUUUAAGUUACUUGGAGAAUCUAAAAUACGAACAUUUCCAUUACUUUUACGAUGGUAUAUUAAGUAGCCAUGUCAUGAUCUUAAAGUUAUUUGAAGAGUAUCAGGAAUGCGUGUGCUAUAAUCGAAACUUCGGCAUUCGCUAUGGUUAUAGCUCUGAAGACAUGGAAAUCAUCCUGAUGACACGUAUGAAGUUAACGAGAGAACUUAAAGAGAUUGGUAUUAUUCAGAAUAAGAAACAAAGAAACUUGGCGCACGCAAAUAUGAACGCGACUAAUUGGCCCCUAGUCCAGGCGUGCCUCGUUAUCGGCCAUUACCCAAAACUGCUUCAUUACGUAAAAGAAGGAUGCAUUGUCCUAGAUUACUGUUGCAAGAAAUCGCUGUCGCUCGAAGGACAAUUGAAGAAUAUCAUAAGCAAAUCUUCUAUUGAGAGGUGCAGUAUCGUAUAUAACAUUUUGAAUGCUAAUCUGACCACUUGUAAUCCAACUGGUUAUACUGUGGUACCCGAAUUAACGGCAUUCCUUUUUUGCCCGAAAGUUAAUGGUAUGUCUAAUUAUUGGAUGUACACCUCCGUAAGUAAGAAAUUGUACGAGUUGAAAAAAUCCUACGAGAAGUUGGUUGAAAUCAGACUCUCAUAUCCCAGCAUAUACAUGGCCCACACCGAGCAAAAUAUUUUAACAUCAAUCAAGAAGCUGUUGAUGUUAGAAUUCAACAUGGCAGCUCUGAAAUCUCCAAGCUUCGAUUUCUCGUGUCGCAUGAGGUUCUGCCAUGAAUUAAAACACAUUUAAACAUUUGCUUUAUAUUAU